UCCCCGCCCCCGGCGGCCCCUGACAGCCAGCGGUGGCCGGGCCGCAGUGGGACAACGGGCAGGCGGUCUCGUCGUCGUGUCGUCGUCCUCGUCGUCCUCGUCGUCGUCCUGCUGCUGGCCGCCCUCGGGAUACUAAGACUCUUUAACCAUGAGCAACCCUUUUGUACGGAUUGUGGAACCACUGGACCCCAAAGAGCCUCUGAAGAAGUUCUUUAAUCUGAACAAGCUGGAAGAUGCAAGAUACGCACGCCUGCCAUUUUCUAUUCGAGUCCUCCUGGAAGCAGCAAUCCGUAACUAUGAUGAUUUUCUAGUGAAGAAGGAAGAUGUUGAGAAUAUUCUCAACUGGAAGGUGGUGCAACACAAGAAUAUUGAAGUGCCAUUUAGGCCUGCGCGAGUUAUUCUGCAAGACUUCACUGGGGUACCAGCUGUGGUUGACUUUGCUGCAAUGCGUGAUGCUGUGAAGAAACUUGGUGGAGACCCUGAAAAAAUCAACCCCAUCUGUCCUGCUGAUCUAGUAAUAGAUCACUCCAUCCAGGUUGAUUUUAACAGAGGGUCAGACAGCUUGCAAAAGAAUCAGGACCUGGAGUUUGAAAGGAACAAAGAAAGGUUUGAGUUCUUAAAGUGGGGCUCCCAGGCUUUUCAAAACAUGAGGAUUAUUCCACCAGGCUCUGGGAUCAUCCACCAAGUGAACUUGGAGUACUUAGCAAGAGUCGUGUUUGAUCAGUAUGGUUACUAUUAUCCAGACAGCGUGGUAGGCACUGACUCACACACUACCAUGAUAGAUGGCUUGGGAGUGCUUGGCUGGGGUGUUGGUGGCAUUGAAGCAGAAGCAGUGAUGUUGGGCCAGCCGAUCAGCAUGGUACUUCCUGAGGUGGUUGGCUAUAAACUGCUGGGAAACCCUCAGCCACUGGUAACAUCCACAGAUAUAGUGCUUACCAUUACCAAGCACCUUCGUCAGAUUGGAGUUGUGGGUAAAUUUGUAGAGUUUUUUGGUCCUGGUGUAGCCCAGCUAUCAAUUGCUGACCGAGCCACCAUUGCCAAUAUGUGUCCAGAAUAUGGAGCAACAGCUGCCUACUUCCCAGUGGAUGACAUUAGCAUUGGGUACUUGGUGCAGACAGGCCGUGAUAAAGAGAAAAUUGCAUACACAAGAAAGUAUCUUGAGGCUGUGGGAAUGCUAAGAGAUUUCAAAAACUCUGCUCAGGAUCCAGACUUCACACAGGUUGUUGAGUUGGAUCUCCAUACUGUUGUGCCUUGCUGCAGUGGACCAAAAAGACCUCAGGACAAAGUUGCUAUAUCAGAUAUGAAGAAGGACUUUGAGACUUGUCUGGGAGCCAAGCAAGGAUUCAAGGGAUUCCAGGUUGCUCCUGACUUUCACAACAACAAAGUCAAAUUUACUUUUGAGGGCUGUGACUUUGAACUUACUCAUGGUUCAGUAGUGAUUGCUGCCAUCACGAGCUGUACCAACACCAGUAACCCCUCAGUUAUGCUGGGAGCAGGAUUGCUUGCUAAGAAAGCUGUUGAAGCUGGUUUGACAGUGAAACCGUAUAUUAAAACUAGCCUGUCUCCAGGAAGCGGAGUUGUUACUUGCUAUCUGAGGGAGAGUGGAGUUAUGCAUUACCUUUCUCAACUAGGGUUUGAUGUGGUGGGUUAUGGCUGCAUGACCUGCAUUGGCAAUAGUGGUCCCCUGCCAGAGUCUGUUGUUGAGGCAAUCACAAAGGGUGACCUUGUUGCUGUGGGUGUGUUGUCUGGAAACAGGAAUUUUGAAGGGCGUGUCCAUCCCAAUACCCGUGCUAACUACCUAGCCUCCCCACCACUGGUAAUAGCUUAUGCAAUUGCAGGGACCAUCCGGAUCGACUUUGAGAAAGAGCCUUUGGGAAUAAAUGCAUCAGGGAAGAAGAUUUUCCUAAAAGACAUCUGGCCAACCCGAAAUGAGAUUCAGGCUGUUGAGCAUCAGUUCGUUAUUCCUGGGAUGUUCAAGGAAGUCUACCAAAAAGUAGAGACAGGAAAUAAAUCUUGGAAUGCCUUAGAUGCUCCUUCAGACAAACUGUAUACUUGGAAUCCCAAGUCAACGUACAUCAAGUCUCCACCUUUCUUUGAUGGUCUGACUUUGGCUCUUCAGACCCCCAAAUCAAUAGAAGAUGCUUAUGUCCUGCUGAGUUUUGGGGAUUCUGUGACAACCGACCACAUAUCCCCAGCUGGGAAUAUAGCAAGGAAUAGUCCUGCAGCCCGUUAUUUGACCAGCAGAGGCUUGACUCCUCGAGAGUUCAAUUCCUAUGGCUCCCGCAGAGGGAAUGAUGCUGUCAUGGCCAGAGGAACAUUUGCAAACAUUCGCUUGGUGAACAAAUUUAUUGAUAAGCAGGGACCUCAGACUGUCCAUUUCCCUUCUGGGGAAACUCUUGACGUGUUUGAUGCUGCAGAAAGAUACAAGCAGGCUGGCCAUCCUCUGAUUGUGCUGGCUGGGAAGGAAUAUGGUGCAGGAAGUUCCAGAGACUGGGCAGCCAAAGGUCCAUUUCUUUUGGGAGUCAAAGCAGUGCUUGCUGAAAGCUAUGAGAGAAUUCAUCGCAGUAACCUAGUAGGGAUGGGAGUGAUUCCUCUGCAGUAUUUACCUGGUCAGGAUGCAGGGACUCUAGGCCUCACUGGACGUGAACGUUAUACGAUUAUCAUUCCUGAGAAGCUAAAACCACAGAUGAACGUCCAAAUCAAGCUGGAUACAGGGAAAACCUUUCAUGCCAUCAUGAGGUUUGACACUGAUGUGGAGCUCACUUACUUUCACAAUGGUGGAAUUCUGAACUAUAUGAUCCGUAAAAUGGCAUCCUAAUCCAAACAAUAUUAAGCAAAAACAUCCAGGUACAAGCCUGUUUCUUGUGAGAGCAAGAAAAGGAUGUGGUAAUAAUAAACACAAAAGCCUGAACCAUAAAGUGAACAA